AUGCCAGAAGUCACCCACAUUACAAAGGGAGAAGCUAACAUGUUUACUUCAUCAAUGGAAGUGAAAGGGAAAUCCCUGCUGUUGCUGGUGUCAAGCCUUCUCCUGUGGGAGAAUGUGGCCUCCCAACAAAUGUGUGCAAUGAGGGAUGGCAAAUGCCAGCUGUCUCUCGGAGACCUGUUUGACCGUGCAGCCAUGGUGUCUCAGUACCUUGUUAUCCAAAGUACAAAUGUGUUCUCUGAAUUUGGCAAAGCAUAUUUCCAAGGAUGGAGGAGGUUCCUUUACAGGGACCUCAACAGCUGCCACACUUCUAACCUCACUACACCAGAAAACAAGGAGGAGGCCAAGCAGAUGCAUCCUGAAGUCCUACUGAAGGUGAUAGUCAAUAUGUUGGCAUCCUGGAACCAAUCUCUGGAACAUUUAGUGAAAAAAAUAGAGGGAAUGAAACAAUGCCCUGAGUCUAUCCUAUCAAGAGCCAAAGACAUUGAUGAAAAAUACAAAGUGCUCCUAGAAGGCAUGAAGACAAUACACAAUAAGGUUUGGGCUCCAGUUGAUGAAGAAUUCAGCAAUCCUAUCCAGUGGGAAGAGAACAACUUGAAUAUGGACAAUGAAGACGCUCAACUUUCUGCUCUUUAUAACAUGUUCUAUUGUCUGAGCAGGGAUUCAAAUAAGAUAAACACUUACGUUCAGGCAAAAGCUAAAGAGAAAGAGGACAAUCCUGUGUGGUUGGGGCUGGCAUCAUUGCCAUCAGUCAAAGCAGAUUAUUACCAUUUUGCUUUUCAUAAUCUGUUCCACUGCCUGCUGAGAGAUUUAAAUAAGAUUGAUACUUAUGUCAAGUACCUGAAGUGCCAGAUAAUCUAUCCCAAUGACUGCUAA